UCAUAGACACACGUACACUCUCUGCAACAACACCUUCUAUUCUGAGCUAUGGCCUGGCCUCCUACUAUUCCUUCUACAUACUACUCUUCCUUCAUAUUUUUCCUUUUUAUGCUGCCUUUCGCUUCUCGGAGCAGUUACGGGUUUGGGUUGCAGCUCAGCUUUGACAUCCACCACCGGUACUCCGACCCGGUCAAGGCAAUUCUGGGCGCCGAGGGGCUCCCGGAGAAAGGGAGUGUAGAAUACUACGUCGCUAUGGCACACCGAGACCGCAUAAUUCGGGGCCGCCACCUCGCCGCCAGCAACAACCAGUCGUCGCCGCUCACUUUCUCUAGUGGAAACAAGACCAGUCUCAUCGCCUCUUUCGGAAAUUUGCAUUAUGCCAUUAUUUUAGUGGGGACACCAAGUUUAUCAUUUUUGGUGGCAUUGGACACUAGCAGUGAUUUGUUCUGGCUACCAUGUGAUUGUAAGGAAGGUGGUUGCAUUCGUAGCUUACUGCUCUCGACUGGACAGCAGGUAUUAUUCAACAUCUACAGCCCUCGUAAUUCAUCAACAAGUGAAAUAGUUUCCUGCAACAGCAAGUUAUGCACACAAAAUCAAUGCCCUUCACCAAGCAGUAAUUGUCCUUAUAAAGUUGACUAUCGUUCUGUUGACACUUCAUCUACUGGGAUAUUGGUGGAGGAUGUUUUGCACUUAAUUACAGAUGAUGAUCAGCUAAAAGCCGUCAACGCUUCGAUUACUUUUGGUUGUGGUCAGAGCCAGACUGGUACUUUGUUGAAGGGUAUUGCACCAAACGGUCUAUUUGGGCUUGGUAUGGGUGAUAUAUCUGUUCCUAGCACCUUAGCAAGAAAUGGGCUAGCUUCGAAUUCUUUUUCCAUGUGUUUUGUACCUGACGGGUUGGGGAGAAUCUCUUUUGGAAAUAAUGGCAGCUUAUACCAAAAGGAAACACCAUUCAAUGUCGAGCAACCACAUCCAACUUAUAACAUCAGCAUCACUCAAAUAGCUGUGGGAAGCAAUUCUUCUGAGCUGGAGCUUAGUGUAAUCUUUGACUCUAGUACUUCGCAUACAAGCCUAACCAACCCAGCUUAUACUUUAAUUUCUGAGAGCUUCAAUUCCCAGGUGCAAAACAAGCGGCAUUCAUCUGAUUCCUCCCAAAUCCCCUUUGAAUACUGCUAUGAAUUAAGUCCAAAUCAAGUCUAUGAAGUUCCUAGUGUGAAUCUGACAAUGAAAGGUGGAGACCAAUAUUUUGUCACUAAUCCAAUAGAAGUUGUCGACACUGAGGGAGGAAAUGUUGUGUAUUGUCUGGGUAUUGUCAAGAGUGAAGAUAUAAGCAUCAUCGGACAAAACUUCAUGACUGGCUAUCGCAUAGUUUUUGAUCGCGAGAAGAUGGUAUUGGGUUGGAAGGAGUCAAACUGUAAUGAUGAUGAGAAAUCGAACACUCUAGCUCCAUCACACUCUCCUUCUGCUUCUCCUACUCUUGUUGUCAAUCCUGAUGCCACCAAAAAUAGUGGAAGCAGUCAUUCACCCAAGUUGAAGUCUUUUGCCUACGCACUCACACUGCUUCUUGUUUCAUUUUUUGCCUUUUUUUGAUCAUGCCUUUUAGUAUUGGUGGGGGCUUUUAUUUGUAAAAACAUCCAUUGUGGACCAGUGUGUGCUUCUAAUAAAGGAAACAGAGUGUUUUAUCUUUCCUUUUCAACUCUGUUUACUGUAUUGUAAAUCUCGCGCAAUAAAUUCCAACACUUUCUUGAA